AUGGCUUGGUUUGGAGAACCAGACCCUAGUGUCGAACUUGAUGCCAAAAUCGAGGAGGCAACCUCGGAAUCCAUCCCCAAUGGCGAGUUGGACAUCGCCGUCGGCUUGGAAAUCACCGAUAUGAUAAGAAGCAAGAAGGUGCCACCUAAAACUGCCAUGAGAUGCUUGAAGAAACGUUUGACAAAAGUUUAUAACAACCCUAACUUACUUUCUUCUACGUUGAAGCUUAUCGACUUGUGUGUGAAGAACUGUGGCCGUCAUUUCGUGGCGGAGAUCAACAGCAAGGAGUUUGUCGAUUACUUGGUGGAUUUUAUCCUCAAGGUAAACUACGACAUCAAAAACUACCAGGUGUACUCCAAUGAAUCAAAGUUCGGUGUAGGAAACCAGAUCCUCAAACUAAUCAAGGAGUGGACUCUCUAUUUCAAGAACCUGGACUCCUCCUACUUGGAGAGACAAUACACUAUGUUGCAGAGGCAAGGCUACGAGUUUCCGGCAGUGGACCCGCUGAUCGAACAAAGAGCCUCCAAUUUCAUCGACUCCGAGGCACCUCCCGACUGGACCGAUGGCAAUGAGUGUGCUAUAUGUUACACUCCGUUUUCGGUCAUGAAUAGAAAGCACCACUGCCGGGCUUGCGGAAAUGUCUUCUGUCAGACACAUUCGAGUAAGAACAUCCCGCUCAUUUCCUUGGGUAUUACUCAGCCCGUGAGAGUUUGUGAUGAUUGUUACCAGAUCCACAAGAGAAGAAACUCAAAUUCUCGACUGAGUGGAUCGGAAAGACGCACCGACCGUUCAACACAACAGUCAGAGCCUGUUGACGAUGAAGAUGAGCAGAUCAAAAAGGCUAUUGAGUUGAGUUUACAGGACUCUCAGAUCGCUUCCAAUUAUGGACAAUCGUAUUCCGCACCUUCUUACCCUCCGCCUACUUCUGCUACAGUACCUGCUCCAGGGGCGGCGCAAGAUGAUGAGGAAAUGGACGAUGAUCUCAGAGCUGCAAUUGAGGCUAGUUUGAAAGAGUCCCAGUCUGGCCGGUAUCUGGAGACUCAGUCACUGGUUCAAGCUCCACCUCAGCAACAAGCUCAGGCACCACCUCAAAAUCAACCUGAGCCAGAGCUGGACUUUUACCUGAAUAUCAUGCUGUUUGAUAUGAAUGCAUAUUCGGAUGCACAGCCUAGUUUCCCAAAUCAGACUGGAUACCAGAACCAGAAUCAACCAGGAUACCAGGAUCAGAACCAGACUGGAUACCAGAACACAAACCAACUGGGGUACCAGAACCUGAAUAAGCCCACUGGCUACCAGAAUACUGGGGCACUGGGACCCUUGUCGAGCUCAGAGCAAAUGACCCCAGCGCAGCAUAUCGAACAGCAUAAGGCUCGUGUGGAGGAUUUAACUCCCCAAGAGGAAGAGGAUAUCAAUCUCUACGUUCAGUUAAUGCAUGGAAUCAAGACUGACCGUUCGAAGCAGGCCAACAUACUCUAUGACAAAGAUUUGGCAGAUUUGCAUAGUAAGGUGAUGCGGUUGAAGCCUAAGUUGAAUAGAUCUCUCCGCACUGCCAUCGAGAAGUACGAGUUAUUCUUGGAUAUGAAUAACAAGAUCAGCACUAUUACCCGCCUCUACGAUCAAUUCUUGGAGACAAAACUCAACCAGGCAUACAGCAAACAUUACGUUUCAUCCCCAUACAACCUGUACGGGCAAGCCACGGGCAAUCCAAACGCAUCAAUUGAGAGUCAGUACACUGGGCCAAAUGUCGCUUAUGGUGCUCCUGAUGGACAAUAUGGCAAGUUGCCGGUUACUUCACAGGCUACAGGUCCACAGCCCACGAAACCUCAGUUAAACGGACAACAAACAGGUCCACGUGCAAACCAGCAAAUACCUUCUCAAACCACUGGACAGCAGACUGAACCUCAAUACAUGUACGGAGGCUAUCAGCAACAAGCGGGCCAGUAUCAGCAGACACUGCAGGAGGAGAACGGAAGUCCAUUGAAGAGUCAACAUACGCAGCAGAGUGCUCAGAGACAGCUGACAGGGCGCCAAUCUGGAAUACCAUACCCAGCAGAGGAGCCCACGCCAUAUCUGUCGUAUCUUUCUUCUGUUCAGAGAGAUUUUGCUCAUACUAAUGCACCAUCUGAGCCAGACUUCGAAGCAGACCCAUCCGAGCCAGACUUCGGGGCUGCACCCUCAGAGGAUUUGGAAGAACAGCCUUCAAAGCAGCAGUACUCCCAAGCUGGUGACUACAGACAGAGUGGUGCAGGGUACCCAUCGGGUCAGUUCAGUUACCCUUCUUACCCAUCCUUUGAAUCGAGUUCUGAUACGAAAUUACAGGAGCCGCAAAAUUCAGCAUCUAGUUACCCACAGGAGGAGCCCCAAGACGUCAGCGACAACGAGAGUGUUGCCAGUAGAUAUCCUCCUGUUGCUGGGUUCUCUGACGACGAAGUUGACGACAGCGAGGUACCUAAAACCCAUGCGUCUACGCGCUAUCCCGAAUUGGAUGAAUUGGACAUGCCACAAUUGAAGAAGCUCGAGACUUCCGAAUCAAAGAAGUACAAGUCAGAGCCUGAACCUUUGAUUGAGUUGUAA